UAAAGUUCCGAAGACAAAGAGAGAGACAAACGAAUUACGGGAAAGGAUACUUAGUAGGGAACUUCUUCGUACUUCCACAGUAGAUUCGAACAAAAACUUGAACUUCCUUCUUCAUGCUCGAUUCAGUUCAGCCCCAAAACCCAGAAGAGUGAAGACAUGAAGUUAAGGUACGCCAUGGUUUGUUCUUCAAACCAGAAUCGAAGCAUGGAAGCUCACUCACUCCUCAAAAGACAGGGCUUCGACGUCUCCUCUUACGGUACCGGAGCUCACGUUAAGCUUCCAGGUCCUUCCGUGAGGGAACCCAACGUUUACGACUUUGGAACUCCUUACAAGCAGAUGUUCAACGAUCUUAGACGAAAAGACCCUGAACUGUACAAAAGAAAUGGAAUUUUGCCUAUGCUUAAGAGGAAUUUGAGCGUCAAGCCUGCCCCUCAACGUUGGCAGGAAAAUGCUGCUGAUGGUUCCUUUGAUGUGGUAUUUACAUUUGAAGAAAAGGUUUUCGACAUGGUAAUUGAAGAUCUCAACAAUAGGGAGCAUCUUCUGAUGAAACCUGUACUGGUGAUCAGCUUAGAUGUAAAAGACAACCACGAGGAGGCAGCAGUUGGAGCUAGGCUCACUCUUAAUUUGUGCCAACAGCUCGAAGCAACUGAGUCGUGGGAGGAUGCAAUUGAUGACAUUGUAACCUCAUUUGAGAGACAGCACAGGUGGAAGGUUUUAUAUGGCAUCUCCUUCUAUUAGAAAAGUCAUGGUUGAACCUUCUGGUUCUGGUAAUGUAACUGAUCAACAGCUUAAAGCACACCCGAGGCAUAGGCGGAUUUUGUGGAGAUGACUCAAAGCUUUCUGAUGUCAAUGCUCUGGAUUUCCCAUUGUGUAUAGUUUUUAUCUUCCUGUUCCUGUUAUGGUUUUACCUAUGUCUCAACUCUCAGCUGUAGUAGUACUGAGAGUCCCAAUCCAGGAAGUGAUGUUUGCUUUAAUCACUUCCAUGUUGUAGAUUAACAAAACAUGAAUAGUAAAGUAUGAUAUCAUAUAUUCCCAUGGCUUGUUGAGGA